AGAUGUUCAGAGCUACCAUGACUCCUUGGCCUGAGGUGGAAAAUGCCCAGCCCAACCCAGGUAAAUACAUUGGAGGCAUCACGAGCCAACAGCCCCCCACAGAUGGGAAAGGAAAGGAGACCAACAAAAAUGUCACCGGGACCUCUGAAACCAAGAUUGAACUUCUGCCAUCCCACUCCACCGCCACCCCGGUAGAGGAGCCCACCGACAUAGAAGACCCCUGGGACCUGCCCGAGCUUCAGCACAAGGGGAUCAAGUGGACAGAGAGAGACACCAAAGGGAAGAGUCUGUGUAUCUUGCAAGGGAUCGGGAAGUUCCUUCUGCUCCUGGGAUUCCUCUACCUGUUCGUGUGCUCCUUGGAUGUCCUCAGCAGUGCCUUCCAGCUGGUUGGAGGGAAAAUGGCUGGGAAGUUCUUCAGCAGCAACUCUAUCAUGUCCAACCCCCUGGCGGGACUGAUGAUCGGGGUGCUGGUGACAGCCAUGGUGCAAAGCUCGAGCACCUCCACAUCCAUCAUCGUCAGCAUGGUGGCCUCCUCACUGCUGACGGUGCGGACUGCCGUCCCCUUUGUCAUGGGAGCCAACAUUGGGACCUCAAUCACCAACACCCUCGUGGCGCUUAUGCAGGCAGGAGACCGGAAUGUGUUCAGAAGGGCUUUUGCCGGGGCCACCGUCCAUGACUUCUUCAACUGGCUCUCCGUGCUGGUGCUCCUGCCUGUGGAGGUCUCCACCCACUACCUGGAGGUCCUGACCAACCUGAUAGUGGAGUCCUUCCAUUUCAAAAGCGGAGAAAAUGCUCCGGAACUUCUGAAAGUUAUCACGAGUCCUCUUACAAAGCAAAUUAUCCAGCUGGAUAAAAAGGUUAUCAACCAGAUUGCAAUGAAUGACCCAGCAGCUCAGAACAAGAGUCUGAUCAAGAUUUGGUGCAAAACUGUGACCAAUGUGACUCAGAUGAAUGUCACCGUCCCCUCGACUCAGAACUGCACCUCCCCCAACCUCUGUUGGGCAAAUGGUUUCCACACCUGGACCAUCAAGAACGUGACCCGCCGGGAGAAUAUUGCCAAGUGCCAGCACCUCUUUGUGAAUGCCAACUUCCUGGAUCUUAUUGUUGGCAUCAUCCUGCUGGUCACCUCCCUGCUGGUACUCUGUGGCUGUCUGAUCAUGAUCGUCAAGGUCCUGGGCUCUGUGCUCGAGGGGCGAGUAGCCGUUGUCAUCAAGAAGACCAUCAACACCGAUUUCCCUUUCCCCUUUUCCUGGCUGACUGGCUACCUGGCUAUCUUAGUGGGGGCAGGCAUGACCUUCAUCGUGCAGAGCAGCUCAGUGUUCACGUCUACUUUGACCCCACUGAUCGGUGUCGGUGUAAUAAGCAUUGAGAGGGCGUAUCCACUCACGCUGGGGGCCAACAUUGGCACCACCACCACCGCCAUCAUGGCUGCCUUGGCCAGUCCAGGCAAAACCUUGAGGAGCUCACUCCAGAUCGCCCUGUGCCACUUUUUCUUCAACAUCACGGGUAUCCUUCUGUGGUACCCAAUCCCGUUCACCCGCCUGCCCAUCCGCCUGGCUAAGGGCCUUGGCAACAUCUCAGCUAAGUACCGCUGGUUUGCCGUCUUCUACCUGGUCAUCUUAUUCUUUCUGGUCCCGCUGUCCGUGUUUGGCCUCUCGCUGGCUGGGUGGCCAGUGCUGGUGGGCGUGGGGGUGCCCAUCGUCCUCGUGAUCCUUCUGGUGGUGGUGCUCAAGCUCCUGCAGGCCCGCUGCCCCCACAUCCUGCCCAAGGUGUUCCAGACCUGGAACUUCCUGCCCCUGUGCAUGCGCUCGCUGAAGCCCUGGGACAUCGCGGUCUCCCUGGCCACCGGCUGCUGCAUGAGGAACUGCUGCCGCCGCAUCCGCUGCCCCACGUGCUGCCGCUGCAGCAAGUGCUGCCAGGACCCCGUGGAGGAGGAGGCCAUCCACAUCAAGGUCCCCGAGUCCUUUCGUAGCCUCUCCAUGGUCCUGGAGGCCCCGGAAGGGGUCCCCAAGUCCAAAGCGGACGCCCUGAACACAAACACCACCUCCAGCCUCACCGCCUUGUAG